AUGCCCAUUACGAGUCUGGUCCGACUUUUCAGGCUUCUCAAUGUUGAGAUCAUUAAUGUCGAAGACUUCAAUGUUCGCAUGAGGAAAUUUGAGAAGAAACAAAGAAAUGCGGUGUUUGAAAUCAGUGUUCAGAACUUCGUGCGCUCAUGCGCUCAUGCAUCAUACAUCAUGGGCUACGCAUGUGUUGAACUGCCACGAGGUGCUCAGAGAAUCCGGAGGUUCGUCGUUGCGUUACCCGACUUAUUAAUUCAAGGCGCAGCGACAGAUGGAUAUCAAAAGAUUAAUAUCAGCAACCGAGUGACAGCGCUGAUUAUGAGAGUCGCAAAGAUAAGUGGAGACGCGAUAAGCGCGCAAGUAAAUCAUGUCGUUAUUGAGAUGUAUGUCAAAGGGGGAUGGGAAUUGCCGAGUAGGCUUCGUAGUAAUUUAUAUAAGGAUAAGACAGGUGGAGGUGAACACAAGACGCAGGGAUAUUAA